GCCGUCUGUGUCUCCCUCUGUGAUCUCAGGCUGUGAUGGCGGAGGUGGACGACACCGACAUCAUGAUGAACUACCAGGGUGAUUUCUUAAAAGGCGGCCGGAAAAGCUGCCGCUACCCGUACUGCAUUGUCUGGACACCUAUUCCCAUUUUAUCGUGGGUGCUCCCCUUCAUCGGUCACAUGGGCAUCUGCACCUCUUCAGGGGUCAUACGAGACUUUGCGGGAUCCUACUUUGUCUCGGAGGACAACAUGGGGUUUGGUCGACCCACAAAGUAUUGGAGGCUUGACGUGGAUAAAGUCUGUGGGAAUGGUGCCGCAACGUGGGACCAAGCGGUGCACGAUGCAUCUGAGGAAUACAAAUGCAGGCCGCACAACCUGUGCCUGGAUAACUGUCAUUCCCACGUUGCUAUGGCUUUAAACCUGAUGCGAUACGACAACAGCUCGUCCUGGAACAUGGUGAACCUCUGUGUGCUGUCCUUCAUUCAUGGGAAACAUGUGAGCUGGGCAGCCGUCCUGAAGACCUGGCUGCCCUUCGUCAUGCUCUGCGGGGUCAUCGCCAUGUUCAUCCUGACGCUCAACCUACAGUAAUGGAGGGAGCGGCGCCGGCAGAGGGCUUUGCUUGUACUGUAUACAUUGUCUUUGACACGGGUGGCGUGUGUUUUGAUAGGACAUUUGUCAGUACAACAAAACAUCAAAUGAGUCACUCAUUACGUUUAAUUUAGCAACCUUGCUUGCUUGUAGUUGUUAAAAGACAUGUUUCAUUAUUUUUUACAGCUCUUCCUUGUCGUUUUUAUGGAGGCUUGUAGUUCCCAGGGCUUUUAUUCAAUUAAAUUUCAUGAAGUAUUUACUAAAGGAAAGGGGUAAAAAAAUGAAAAUGCAGCCAAAAGUUGCAGAAGUGUUAAUCUGGGACCUCAAACGCGGGCAUCGGCACCAAACACAGCGUCCACCUGCUGCAAAAACAGUGAUCCCAAAAUCUACGGCUGGAAUUUGGAUUCAUAAAGCUAAGAAAUACACGGCGGUUCAUCCAACGAGCCGGGGGAAGUCAGGAGAAAUCGAGCAGUUGUUCGGAGACCUACCAAACAGGCACCGUCCUGAGGGAUCUAAAGGAUCUCUGAUGGCCUGGUCUACCUGUGAUUCACUACGGACGUAGGCGGCCGCUUGUGGCAGGAAAUGUCAUUUGAAAGACUAGAAUUCUGGAAGCAUUCAGAUAAAAUGUUGAGAUUUCCGCUCCAGGUCUGUCCAGCAUUGUUCCUUGGAUGUGCACAGGCAUGUGUUGGCAUGUUGCUCCAAAAAAAAAAAAAAAAAAAAAA